AAAGAAUUCAUUCAAGUUCGCAUGGCCAGAUUCAGGAUUUGAACCCAGUCUGAGUUAGGAACACACUUUUAGCCAUUAUACACAGGACAAAGGAUGCAUCUCAGGUGUCACUCUGCAGCUCCCUUCCUCUCCAGAAAACAUUCCCCUCAUGGGCAAAAAUUAUUUGUAAAAAAUCUUUUUCCCUAUCUUUUGGGAAAUACUUGAAUGUCACCACUUGUCCACUAUCUUGUGUCUCCGUAUCUCCUCCUUGUGACUGACUGGGUGGGGGCUCAGACAGGACUGUGGGGGCUCUUAUCCUGACUCUGCUCGGACUAGCUGGUUUUGUUGGCAAAGAGCUCUGAGACCCUCCACAGAAUGGACAGUUUUGCUUCCUAUCCAUCAACAACUCCUCCCCAACUUCCAACCCCAUCAUGCUGGAAAUAAAUCAGUUCUCAGGUUUGUUGGCUGGAGCUGGACAAGUGUGUGAUUUCAGCCUGCUGGGUCCUUGUCUCUCCGCCCCUUUCUCUCUCUGGUACCCUCAGAGCCUGCUCCAGAAGCACGGGCCACCUGAUUUCCUUUUGCCCUUUUCCUGCGGAGCCUGGAAGCCUCCAGGCCAGGAGGCAAGGGGUGGAAUCCUUGCACUGCCCCGCAGAGAAGUCACUCUAGGUCUGGCCGAGGACCUUCCUCCCGUUCAUUCUCUGGGAAAGUGAGAAGUCACUUAUUUCACUAAGCACCUACUAUCUGGGGGCCAUUUCCAGGGCUUCCCUUCUCCACUGCAACUAAGAGUUGUCCCAGCUGAAAGAGCACGAGUUUAGUGGAGUACAGAAGGGAUGGACGGGGGUGGCCAGAGUCAAAAGCCGGUGGGGAGGCUGGCCGAUCCAUCUGCCCCUUUUCCUAAAGGACUGCGGUCGAAGCAGCGGCACCCGGAGGACAUGCGGAGGAGGGAGGAAGCCCGGCCUGGAAGUGGUGGUGGCGGGUCCCCAGGCAGAGGAAAGGCUCAAUUGUACUAAGGCUUCCUGCCCUGCCAGCUUGCUGCCCCGGUCCUGCCACCAGGCAGCCGCUCUUCUGCGGCAGCCGGGGAGGCGGGGCGGGAAGGCCAAGGCAGUAAAGGGUUACGGGAAUAGCUUUCCAAUGACAAAGUCUGGAAGCGACCCAUGCCUCCGCCCCUCUGCGGGUUAAACUGGCACAGGGCAGGGGGAGGAAAGCGAGGGCGAUCUGAGGCAGAUACUCUCCUCCCUCCCACCCCCCACCCCCGGCCGCCGGGCACGCCCCUCCCCGGGCCCGCAGCGCAGGCUGCCGGCGUGUGCCUGGGGCAGCGGGUCACCAGGCUCCUCCCCCGGCCGCCGGGCUUGGGGGACGGCACUUUGUUCAGGAUGCCUCCUCCCUUCUCAUUGUGGGGCCGGGGCCGGCGGCAGCCCUAUUGCGAGGCCGGAGGCCGGAGCGCUCAGCUGACGCUACGACUAGUGUGAGGGGCUGACUCGGCCCGGGGAGCUCCGCGAAACUUUCUACUUGCGACGAGCGGGCUCCGGGAGCGGCUGCUCCGGGGGAUGCGCGACUCUGCGCGGCGGCGGCAGCGGCGCGGACCCCGAGCCGGGCAGGGCAGGCGCGCCGACAGUAGUCUACCUUUCUGGCCUUGCUGACCAUGAAUGGGAUGGCCAAUGUGAAUUCUGCCAGCCGCCCUCACUAUGCCUCCUCCAUCCCUGUGCCUCGAGCUUCUUCCCAGACCAGGAUUCAUACACCGGGUGCUUCUCCCCAGCUGCGGCCACGCCAGGCUGGGCUGGCCCUGAGCCCUCAGAGAGCAGCCUCCCCAAGACUGGGCAAGGCUGCAGGCCCUUCCAGAAACUCCUCUCCUAAGGCCUCCAGGGGCAGAGGCUCCCCCAGGGGUGCUGGGACAGUGAGGGAGUCAGCCGAGGGUGGAGAAGGCCUCUCUAGCUCCCCAUGGAGCAGUCCCAGGAUAACCCCCAAAGCAGCCCUUUCCAGCCGAGCUGGCUCCAGAAGAGUAGGGGAAACACAAGGCACCCACGGAAUGAAGAAAAAAGCCCAUGAGGGGAUUCCAGUCUGCCAGACCAGGGGCAGGAGCCCAUCCCGGACGAGCUUUCAUGGAGAAACUCAAACACCAGGCACUUCUGAAGGUCAAAAGCCUCCUAACUGCCCCGGAAAAGACCAAAGAAAUAUAAACUACAAAAGUUCUGGACUUCCCAGAUCUUUGGCACCUGAUGAUGGGGCAACUUCUCAGGCUUCUUCUCCAGUCUGCAGCCCAGCACCAGGCAAGCGUCCCCCUCCUACCCCAGGGGCCAUUAGUUUCUCCUCAGCCCAUCAGCAGAGUCAACCAGUCACAGCCACGGUGGCCCCCUUCCAGUACAGGUUGCACACAGACCAGGAACCUGGGCCCCUCCUCCAGAAUCGCUGGGCCCUUGAUGACUACUCUGAGUCCCCUGCUGAGACUGAGGAGAGCUUCUCCUGCAUGGACGCGCGGUUCGUCCAUGCGCUCCUCGCGGGCAGAAUGCUGGGCAGCAGCGUCAAGAGCGUGCAGCCCGAGGUGGAGCUGAGCGGCGGCGGCGGUGACGAGGGCGCGGACGAGCCGCGGGGCGCCGGCAGGAAGGCUGUAGCGGCGGACGGCAAAGGCAUGCUACCCAAGCGCGCCAAGGCGCCCAGUGGCGGUGGCGGCAUGGCCAAGGCCAGCGCGGCUGAGCUGAAGGUCUUCAAGUCCGGCAGCGUGGACAGCCGUGUCCCUGGCGGGUUACCCGCCUCUAACCUGCGCAAGCAGAAGUCGCUCACCAAUCUCUCGUUCCUCACAGACUCGGAGAAAAAACUGCAGCUCUAUGAACCCGAGUGGAGCGACGAUAUGGCCAAGGCGCCCAAGGGCUUAGGCAAGGUGGGGUCCAAAGGCCGCGAGACUCCUCUGAUGUCCAAGACGCUGUCCAAGUCAGAGCACUCGCUCUUCCAGGCCAAGGGGAGCCCGGCCGCCAGCGCCAAGACCCCCCUGGCUCCACUUGCUCCCAGCUUGGGAAAGCCGAGCCGGAUCCCCCGAGGACCCUACGCGGAGGUCAAGCCGCUUAGCAAGGCGCCUGAGGCGGCCGUGAGCGACGACGGCAAAUCGGAUGAUGAGCUGCUUUCCAACAAGGCCAAGGCACAAAAGGCUUCCGCCGGGCCUGUGCCCUCUGCCAAGGGCCAGGAGGAGCGCGCCUUCCUCAAGGUGGACCCAGAGCUUGUGGUGACGGUGCUGGGCGACCUGGAGCAGCUGCUCUUCAGCCAGAUGCUAGACCCAGAGUCCCAGAGAAAGAGGACAGUGCAGAAUGUCCUGGAUCUUCGACAGAACCUGGAAGAGACCAUGUCCAGCCUGCGAGGGUCCCAGGUGACUCACAGCUCCUUGGAGAUGACCUGCUAUGACAGUGAUGAUGCCAACCCUCGCAGCGUGUCCAGCCUCUCCAAUCGCUCGUCCCCUCUCUCCUGGCGCUAUGGCCAGUCCAGCCCGCGACUGCAGGCUGGUGACGCGCCCUCUGUAGGUGGAAGCUGCCGCUCAGAGGGGCCGCCCGCCUGGUACAUGCACGGGGAGCGAGCUCACUACUCCCACACCAUGCCCAUGCGCAGCCCCAGCAAGCUCAGCCACAUCUCCCGCCUUGAGCUGGUGGAGUCCUUGGACUCGGACGAGGUGGACCUCAAGUCUGGUUACAUGAGCGACAGUGACCUCAUGGGCAAGACGAUGACCGAGGACGAUGACAUCACUACUGGCUGGGAUGAGAGCAGCUCCAUCAGCAGUGGGCUCAGUGAUGCCUCAGACAACCUCAGUUCAGAAGAAUUCAAUGCCAGCUCCUCACUCAACUCCCUCCCGACUACUCCCACGGCUUCUCGCAGAAACUCUACAAUAGUGCUACGCACAGACUCAGAGAAGCGAUCUCUGGCAGAAAGUGGGCUGAGCUGGUUUAGUGAAUCGGAGGAAAAGGCUCCCCAAAAACUAGAGUACGACAGUGGUAGCCUGAAGAUGGAACCUGGGACUUCUAAGUGGCGGAGAGAACGGCCCGAGAGCUGUGAUGAUUCAUCUAAGGGUGGAGAACUGAAAAAGCCCAUCAGCCUGGGACACCCUGGGUCCCUGAAGAAGGGCAAGACCCCACCAGUGGCUGUCACCUCCCCCAUCACUCACACAGCCCAGAGUGCCCUCAAAGUCGCAGGCAAACCAGAAGGCAAAGCUGCAGACAAAGGCAAGCUGGCAGUGAAGAAUACUGGGCUACAGCGCUCCUCUUCUGAUGCUGGCCGAGAUCGCCUGAGCGAAGCUAAGAAGCCCCCCUCGGGCAUUGCUCGCCCCUCCACUUCAGGAUCCUUUGGCUACAAGAAGCCUCCUCCAGCCACAGGCACAGCCACUGUCAUGCAGACUGGUGGUUCAGCCACUCUCAGCAAGAUCCAGAAGUCCUCGGGCAUCCCAGUCAAGCCAGUGAAUGGACGCAAGACUAGCUUGGAUGUGUCCAACAGUGCAGAGCCAGGAUUCCUGGCUCCUGGGGCCCGUACCAACAUCCAGUACCGCAGCCUGCCCCGCCCAGCCAAGUCCAGUUCCAUGAGUGUGACGGGUGGGCGGGGUGGACCUCGCCCUGUUAGCAGCAGCAUUGACCCCAGUCUCCUCAGCACCAAGCAAGCAGGCCUUACACCCUCUAGACUGAAGGAGCCUACCAAGGUGGCCAGUGGGCGGACCACUCCAGCCCCUGUCAAUCAGACAGAUCGAGAGAAGGAGAAGGCCAAAGCCAAGGCAGUGGCCUUAGACUCUGACAAUAUUUCCUUGAAGAGCAUUGGCUCCCCAGAAAGUACUCCUAAGAACCAAGCAAGCCACCCCCCAGCCACCAAGCUGGCAGAGCUGCCACCAACCCCUCUCAGGGCCACAGCUAAGAGCUUUGUCAAGCCACCCUCACUAGCCAAUCUAGACAAGGUCAACUCCAACAGUCUGGAUCUACCAUCGUCCAGUGACACCCACGCUUCAAAGGUCCCAGAUCUGCAUGCUACAAGCUCAGCAACAGGGAGCCCUCUCCCUUCUUGCUUCACCCCCAGUCCAGCACCCAUCCUCAAUAUUAACUCAGCCAGCUUCUCUCAGGGCCUGGAACUAAUGAGUGGUUUCAGUGUCCCAAAGGAGACCCGCAUGUACCCUAAACUCUCAGGCCUGCACAGGAGCAUGGAGUCCCUCCAGAUGCCAAUGAGCCUGCCCAGUGCCUUCCCCAGCAGUACUCCCAUCCCCACACCUGCUGCCCCUGCUGCUCCCCCAGAGGAGGAGACGGAAGAGCUGCCCUGGAGUGGAAGCCCCCGAACUGGGCAGUUGGACAGUAAUCAGCGAGAUCGGAACACUCUUCCCAAGAAAGGACUCAGGUACCAGCUUCAGUCCCAGGAGGAGACCAAGGAGAGGCGACAUUCCCAUACUAUUGGUGGGCUGCCAGAAUCUGAUGACCAGUCGGAGCUGCCUUCUCCUCCUGCACUCUCCAUGUCCUUGAGUGCAAAAGGCCAGCUUACCAACAUAGUGAGUCCCACUGCGGCCACCACGCCAAGAAUCACCCGCUCCAACAGCAUCCCCACCCACGAGGCGGCCUUCGAGCUGUACAGCGGCUCCCAAAUGGGGAGCACCCUGUCCCUGGCCGAGAGACCCAAGGGAAUGAUUCGGUCAGGAUCCUUCCGAGACCCCACGGACGAUGUUCAUGGCUCAGUGCUGUCCCUGGCCUCCAGCGCCUCCUCCACUUACUCCUCAGCUGAGGAGAGGAUGCAAUCUGAGCAAAUCCGGAAGCUUCGUAGGGAACUGGAAUCAUCCCAGGAAAAAGUAGCCACCCUGACGUCUCAACUUUCUGCCAAUGCUAAUCUGGUGGCUGCUUUUGAGCAGAGCCUGGUGAACAUGACAUCCCGCCUGCGACACCUGGCAGAGACAGCAGAGGAGAAGGACACCGAGCUGCUGGAUUUGCGAGAAACCAUAGACUUUCUGAAGAAAAAGAACUCUGAGGCCCAAGCAGUCAUUCAGGGAGCCCUUAAUGCCUCAGAAACCACGCCCAAAGAACUUCGGAUCAAGAGACAAAACUCCUCAGAUAGCAUCUCAAGUCUCAACAGCAUCACUAGCCAUUCCAGCAUUGGUAGCAGCAAGGAUGCUGAUGCAAAAAAGAAGAAAAAGAAGAGUUGGCUUCGAAGUUCCUUCAACAAAGCCUUCAGUAUAAAAAAGGGACCCAAGUCAGCUUCCUCGUACUCUGAUAUAGAGGAGAUCGCCACACCUGACUCCUCAGCCCCCUCAUCCCCCAAACUACAGCACGGUUCCACAGAGACUGCUUCCCCCUCCAUCAAGUCCUCCACCUCAUCCUCUGUGGGCGCUGAUGUCACUGAGGCCCCUGCUCCUCACCCAGUUCCUCACACUAGGCUGUUCCAUGCCAAUGAGGAGGAGGAGCCAGAGAAGAAGGAGGUAUCAGAGCUGCGCUCUGAGCUAUGGGAGAAGGAGAUGAAGCUUACAGAUAUCCGCUUGGAGGCCCUCAACUCUGCCCACCAACUGGAUCAGCUUCGGGAGACCAUGCACAACAUGCAGUUGGAGGUGGACCUGCUGAAAGCAGAGAAUGACCGGCUGAAGGUAGCCCCAGGCCCCUCAACAAGCUCCACUCCAGGGCAGGCCCCUGGAUCAUCUGCUUUGUCAUCCCCUCGCCGCUCCCUGGGCCUGGCACUCACCCAUUCCUUCAGUCCAAGUCUCACAGACACAGACCUAUCACCCAUGGAUGGUAUCAGCACAUGUGGUCCAAAGGAGGAGGUGACCCUUCGGGUGGUGGUGAGGAUGCCCCCUCAGCACAUCAUCAAAGGGGACUUGAAACAGCAGGAAUUCUUUCUGGGGUGUAGCAAGGUCAGUGGGAAAGUGGACUGGAAGAUGCUGGAUGAAGCUGUUUUCCAGGUGUUCAAGGACUAUAUUUCUAAAAUGGACCCAGCCUCCACCUUGGGACUAAGCACUGAGUCCAUCCAUGGCUACAGCAUCAGCCACGUGAAACGGGUGCUGGACACUGAGCCCCCCGAGAUGCCUCCUUGCCGUCGGGGUGUCAACAACAUAUCAGUCUCCCUCAAAGGUCUGAAGGAGAAAUGCGUCGACAGCCUGGUGUUUGAGACGCUGAUCCCCAAGCCAAUGAUGCAGCACUACAUCAGCCUCCUGCUCAAGCACCGGCGCCUCGUUCUCUCGGGCCCCAGCGGCACGGGCAAGACCUACCUGACCAACCGGCUGGCUGAGUACCUAGUGGAGCGCUCCGGCCGUGAGGUCACCGAGGGCAUCGUCAGCACCUUCAACAUGCACCAGCAGUCCUGCAAGGAUCUGCAACUGUAUCUUUCCAACCUGGCUAACCAGAUAGACCGGGAAACAGGAAUUGGGGAUGUGCCUCUGGUGAUCCUGUUGGAUGACCUGAGUGAAGCAGGCUCCAUCAGUGAGCUGGUCAAUGGGGCCCUCACCUGCAAGUAUCACAAAUGUCCCUAUAUUAUAGGUACCACCAAUCAGCCUGUAAAAAUGACACCCAAUCAUGGUUUGCACUUGAGCUUCAGGAUGUUGACCUUCUCCAACAACGUGGAGCCAGCCAAUGGCUUCCUGGUUCGUUACCUGAGGAGGAAGCUGGUAGAGUCAGACAGCGACAUCAAUGCCAACAAGGAAGAGCUGCUUCGGGUGCUCGACUGGGUGCCCAAGCUGUGGUAUCAUCUCCACACCUUCCUUGAGAAGCACAGCACCUCAGACUUCCUCAUCGGCCCUUGCUUCUUUCUGUCCUGUCCUAUUGGCAUUGAGGACUUCCGAACCUGGUUCAUUGACCUAUGGAACAACUCUAUCAUCCCCUACCUACAGGAAGGAGCCAAGGAUGGGAUCAAGGUUCAUGGACAGAAAGCUGCUUGGGAGGACCCUGUAGAGUGGGUCCGGGACACUCUUCCCUGGCCUUCAGCUCAACAAGACCAAUCAAAACUGUACCACCUGCCCCCACCCACCGUGGGCCCUCACAGCAUUGCCUCUCCUCCUGAGGACAGGACGGUCAAAGACAGCACCCCAAGUUCUCUGGACUCAGAUCCUCUGAUGGCCAUGUUACUGAAACUUCAAGAAGCUGCCAAUUACAUUGAGUCUCCAGAUCGAGAAACCAUCCUGGACCCCAACCUCCAGGCAACACUCUGAGGGUCUGGCGGACACUGUCACCCCGGAUAGCAGAACGCUGGCAUCAGCUACGUUAGCUCCUCCUCUCUCCUCUCUUUUUUCAGAGCACUGGCUCUCCAUCCCCAGGAGGAGAACAGGAGGGAGGAGGAGGUGAAACAGGAGGGACAGGUUCUUGGUGCUGCACCUUUGAGAACUUCUAGUAAGGAUUGGUGGGGUGAAGUUUGGGAUCUUGAGUCCCCUAAAUACAUUACUGGCCUCCUCUCAUGACUUUAGGGAAAAGAUGAUUCUGGGUCUUUUCCUUGACUUCUUUCAAUGACAAACUCCUGGGCUUUCCGGGAAGGGGUUCAUAAGACAUCAAAAAACUCUGUAGCAGUUCCUAACCCAUUCUUGCAAAUAACACUGAGAGAGACAGUCAUGUGUGGGGGAAUCUGGAGGAGGCAGGAAGCACCCCAGAUUUCUUUGCAGACCCUUCCCAAUUCCAUCACCACUGCCAACAACUCUUCCCCCAGAGAUCUGGCUGGAGCCCAGAAAAAGAAGCAUGUGGUUUUAAAAAUGUUUAAAUCAAUCUGUAAAAGGUUAAAAAACAAAAAAGGAAAAAAAUGAAGCUGGAGAGAGGGGAACCAAUUGCCGAGGUAGAAAGAGAGCUGCCCACUCCUGCCCUCUGGAUGAUGUAGGGGACAUUGACAAGACGGCUGCCAACCUAAGAAGUCACCAAACCACAAAAAUAACAUUACAGCCUUCAGAGAAAGACAAGCAAUGUCUUUCUCCCCUCUAAUUUAACAUGCAUGAGUCAAUAAACCCUACUUUUUCAUUUUUGUUUUUUUAAUUUUGUUUCUAUUUUUUUCUCCCAUUUGCCUAUUCAUUUCACUUUGCUUUUUUUUUUUUUUCCAUUUCUUCACAUGUUCACAAGAUGCUUGCGUUGCUUUUCCAGGGGCUAGUUUGGUUUUUCUUAGUGGUUUUCUUUGGAGAAUCUGAUGCCUUCUAAUUGGUACCAGCUAGACACCUGCCAUAUCACCAUCUUUGACAUCCUUGAGGCUUAUAGGAGACAUGAAGCAUUGGCUCAGAAGUAGUGGGAGAAGAGAAACCCAGUUCCCUUGACUUCCCUUUUGAGAAAACACACAUCGUGCCUGGGAGCUCAGUUACCAGCCUCUGGCAUGAUUGAGUUUGGAGCCCCAUCUGAAUGGAAGAUCUACUUUGAGCUUCAUCCUGGACUAGAGGAAAACCAGGAAAUUGGAAAGAUUCCUCUAUCUUGUGGCCUGUUGGCUCCUCACUGCACUACUCUGAUGGUAGCCACUUUGCCUGCCAAGUAUCCUAGCUGGCCCUUACUGUUUUGUUUUUGAUAAGUGACCAUUCAUUUACAAGAGGCUGGACAUCCAUGUGAGAUAAUCCCAAUCAGAAUAUAAGUUUCGAGGAGUAUGACUUAGUGGCCAUUAUCUGUUUCCAAAGAGAUCUUAUCUUUCACAGAAGUUGCCCCCUUUCCUGUUGCCCUGAAGGUCUGGCAGUCCCUGUUCUUUCAUUUGACAAGUACUUAACUGAGUACUCACUGCGUACCAGUCAUAAAGUUAAAAAAAAAAGACAAGAUUUGGGCCUUUGAGUUCACAGUCCAGUAGGAAGUGUUAACCUCCAUUAAGUGUACACCCUCAAGUUAUUUAGACCUUCAAGAUCAUCAAAGAAAUAUAGCUGAAACCCAAGGAGCCAGACAGAAAGAAGCCUUUGAUUAGCUGUCCAAUACACUGGGAGCAGAAGAUCUGAGAUCAGUUAAGAUGGAGCCUGAAAGACUAUGGAAUCUUGCUUGUCUGGAGUGGGCAAGUCUGCUUCUACUAUUUCGGAAGCCCCUGUGGGACCAGAUUCUAGGCUGAGCUGCUUAGUAGGCUGACGUUUCAGGGCUCUGCAGAUCAGGAAUAUGUGAUGAGCCUGGGCUGAAGUGUUUGCUCUUCAGAUUCCUAAGUAGCACAAGACUUAGAAUCCAUAGGCAUACUAACCCGGAUCACUCUUUUCUACCCAACCGAGAAGUAGCUGCACCUGAAUCUUCCUAUCAGGAUAUUUUCAUUUAGAUCCACAAGAUAGUCCAGACUGUUCCCCAGAAGAGUCCCUGCAUUCACCUAGUGAACUCCCAGGGAUGACAAGGUUCUCUAUGAUGGAGACCAUUAUUGCUAUUGCUGCUAAUUCCAUGAGCUGUGAAGAUCCCCAACCAACUCAGCUGUCAAAUAUGCAAUUCUGUGGUGGGAAGAGGCUUCUUGUCCAAGGAUGGUGCUGAAAUCACUGCCUUAAGGUCUCUGCUGUGCAAAAUGAGGAGGCUCUGGAGCUGGGUUCUAACUUAGGAGGAAGGGAAAACCGGAUGGGCCUACUUGGGACUUAGGCCUAUGCUGAACCCUAUCCUAAGCUCCAGUCCUAUGGCAGGGCUCAGACUUUUAAUGCCAUCUUAAUCUAGUGGUUGAGCUCUUAACUCUAUUUCCUGGUGCUGCCUAGCCAGUGCCUUCUGUCAUGGAUAUUACUGGCUACUUAAGAAAAAGGAGAGGGGAGAACCCUUUCUUUCAUUCUAACUGCCUCAGACCCCAAAGGGAUUCUUAGCUCUCUGGUAACUAUGGAUACCACCAUGAAUUUUACUUGGAUCCUCAGCAGGUUGAUUCUGGAGGCCUCUCUUGCUAUGACUUCAUUUCUGUUUCCUGGGAUCCACCACCCUCUACUCUCAGUUGACUGCUGCAUUUAGCCCAGGUCUCCAAUUGCUUUCCUCCAGAAAGUGUUUCCAUCUAGCAAGGUGGUAUUGAAGCCUCAGCUUUCCCUGAGCUUGGGACCCUGUUUACUGUUGCACAUCUGGGCCCUUCACUAUGGGGAUCAAUCAUCUCACAAAGGAAUCAUGGUUAUGUGGCAACUGCAGAAGGUUGAGCCUCCUCAUGGUGCUAUAACCCCUUGGGACGCUCAUCCAGACUUCUCUGAAGCAGAGGACCUGAGCUCCCCCCACUGCCCUAGAAUUAAUGGCAAGGAGCAAAUCCACAGCAUUUUCUCCUCCCUGUGCACCUGCUUCUUGGUUGAGGCUACUGGGAUCCCUCAAAAAAAAGAAAAACUGGGUCCCAUAGCUAAAUUCCUAACCCCCAGCCACCUUCAAAAGAAUCCAGCCCAGCUAAUACUGGAGUUGUGCUAUUCCCUUCCUCUCCAGCCCCCAACACCAAAGUUGGCUAGGAUUUGACAUGGUUCAAUAAAUACUUGAUGUCAAUGUACAGGGAGAGCUACAACUCCAGGAGAGGUUCCUCAGCAGAGACCCUCUCAUUUAUGGAUGAAGACCAACAAAUUUUGUCUGAUGUACUUCUCAGUUCUUGCCUAGGUACUAAAAAUAAAAUACUGGGUAAUUGGAGGCUAAUAUGGGGCCUGGUGUCUGUAUGUGUGUGUGAGCAGUUUGCUGUUGCUGUUUCCUAUCUUCUGAGGCUUCAUAGAAUAUUUUUUAAAAAUCUAUGCUUUGUGGCAGCUCUACGGUGCUUAUCUGUCUUUUGUGUAAAUCCUUAUACCAACGUCUCUGUUAUAUAGUCCAAGCAUUGGGAAGGUAGAGGCUGGCAGGGAAGAAGAAUUUGCUGAAAGUCCGUGGGAAGACCCUACAAUGGAACCCUUAUUGGUUGGUGUACUAUGCUUUGGUCCUGAAUUACCAGCCUGCCAACUGGUCAGUCCACACUCCUUAAGGACUUAAGAUGUGAUCUUUUUUCCUUUUCAUUUCUCGCUUUCUGGUUUCCCUGUUCUGCAGGACUCAAAUGUGGACUUUACCUCACCAUUUCUUCACCUUUAGCUCCCUGAGAUAAGGGGCACGCUAUUCAGAGGGAUGCCCCCUUACAGUGGUCUGAGAAGUGGUAGGCUGCUGUUUUCCACAGACACUUCACAUCAUCAUCUAGGACGGAACCCAUACAUAGAAACCCCACACAUAGGUGAAAUUUGCCUGACUAAAUGAUAUUCAGUCUUACAAACCAGGUUCAAGGAGAUACUAUAUGAGACCUUAAGGAUUUUUUUUUUUGCCACGUGUUUGGGAAAGGAAAUUGUCCUAACCAUACAUUUAACAUAGAGGUCAAGUGCUGAAGUAACCCAGAUCACCAAAUGCAGCUCCUCAUCAUACUUUAUUUUUUCUUUCCUUAAUCCUGGGCAAUAUCUAAGCUACAACUAAGUAGUAGAUUCUAUAAGCGAACACUCAUGAUGAGAUGAAAAAAAUGUGCUUAUGCAGAGAGUUUAUUAAUGGAGAGGGAUAUACUACCUCUGAUAUACUCUUAUGAUGAGUCCUGGUGCAUGGCCCCCUGAGGAGACCAUAAGUAAUAAAAUGGUCUAAGGGAUACUAUUUCCAAAAGGCCAAAGCCUGAAGAUGUAGCCGUUUACCAUUCAAUCAGCCUUAUAGUUUCAUGAGUCCUUAAUCAACCUGAUCAGGAAUAUACAGGGCCACCAGCUUGGCUGUCCCUGACGCCCAGGGAGCAUGUGUGCAUGUCUGCUCAGCCUAGCCCCGGUAGCAAGCACUGCCGGCCACAUAUCUUGGAAAAGGCCGUAGUAAAUAGGAAGAUGGUACAGCUUUGGAGUGAGGAAACCUACCAAGAUUUGGAAGCUGCAGGGAGACCAAGACAGUUGAAAAUUAAACCUGUGUAUAUUAGAUCCUUCUAGUUUGAUGUUUUGGCCAUUUAAAUAAGGCUAUGCCAUGAAUUUUCUGUGACAGAGGUAGUCAUGGAAGUAAGUGAACCCCGAGAUCCUUGACUCCAUCCUUUGCCCCUUACAGCAGUGGUAUUCAAAGUGUGAUUCCCGACCAGCAGCAUCAACAUUUGGAUGGUCAUUAAGAAUGAAAUCCUCGGCCCCAUCUACUGAAUCAGAAAUUCCAUGGAGCGAGUUGUAACAAGCCCUCCUGGUGAUUCUGAUGCCCACUAAAGUUUGAAAUUCUACUUUAGAGUAUCAGAAUCCCAUUGAGGGGCUUUAUGACCCAAAUAAGAAGGUUCUAGUUUAUAAUUCAGACUUUAACAUUAAUUUCUAAGUCACCUUUCCUUGCUUCCUUAUAUUUCUCUUUUCACUUUUAUUUUAACAAAGAAUAGGUAAGAGUGUUGUUGAACAGCGGAUAGAAUACAUCUUUCCCAGUUCAGAGAAGGAUGUCAUGCUUCUGAAAUUUCUACCUAGCAAACUAAGGGGCUUCAACACAGGAAAGCAGUUGGAGGACUCUUCUACAAUGCUCUUCUGGUAGAUUAUUUGAUUCUAUUCUGAGCCUUUUCUGAUUAUAUAAUAGGAUGAGAAAAGUGGGGGGAAAAAAUGAGUAUUUCCAUGACAACGUGUUCUCCCAGCAACAUCACUCUCCUUUUUUGAGUUAUAAUGGACACUUCUGGGCUUGAGGACCUGGCCACAACCUCCUUCCCCAAGGCAGCUAACGACUAUAGGGCUCCAGUGUCCCAGGAAGCAUGUUCCACUCACUUAGUGGAGAGGCCUGUAUGAUGAAGACACAGCACGGGGCACCUAAGUCCUUGGGCUCAUCCAUUCUUUUCCCCACACCAAGAUCAGGGGACAGAACUACUCAGACAAGACAACAGAACAAAAUCCUUUUUAAAAAAAUGUCUAAGAAGAAGGCAGGUGCAGUGGCUCACAUAUGUAAUUCUAGCACUCUGGGAGGCUGAGGAGGGAGGAUCAUUUGAGCUCAGGAGUUUGAAACCACCCUGAGCAAAAGACCCCAUCUUUAUUGAGAAAAGAAAAAAAAAAAAGGAAGGGUAUAUGGCACACCUCUUGGGUGUGUGACACAAUUACAAUAGGGAUUCUACCUAACAUGCAAACAUUGUAACCUAAUUGUUUAUACCUUCACAUUAAUCUGAAAUAAAAAGAAAAACAAAACAGAAAAGCUAGCCAGGUAUAGUGGCAUGUGCCUAUAGUUCCAGCAACAUGGGAGGCUGAGGCAGGAGAUCCCUUAAGCCCGGGAGUUUGAGGUAACAGUGAGCUAUGAUCAGAUGACACCUUGGCACUCUACAUAAGCAAUAUAGCAAGACUGUUUCAGAGGCCGGGCCUGGUGGUUCACGCCUGUAGUCCCAGCGCUGUGGGAGGCCGAGGCGGGUGGACUGUCUGAGCUCAGAGGUUCAAGACCAGUAUGAGCAGCAGUGAGCCAGAGUAAGACCCCGUCUCUACUAACAACAUCAAAAAAAAAAAGACUUUCAAAAAAAAAUUAAAAAGGCCCUGCACAGUGAUUCAAGCUUGUUAUCCUAGCACUCUGAGAGGCCAAGGCAGAUGGAAUGCUUGAGCUGAAGAGUUCAAGACCAGCCUGAGCAAGAGUGAAGCCCCAUCUCUACUAGAAAUAGAACAACUGACUGUGCGUUGUGGCAGGUGCCUAUAGUCCCAGCUACUCCUACUCGGGAGGCUGAGGGAGGAGGAUCAUUUGAGUCAGAGUUUGAGGUUGCUGUGAGCUAUGACGUCACAACACUCUACCCAGGGCGACAGUGACUCUGUGUCAAAAAAAAAAAAAAAUCUAAUAAGAGCUUCAUAUCUUUCCAAACUCAGAGACUAGCUUAUGGGACCAUGGAGAAGAGGUUGUUUAGAACUGGUUUUGUUUCAAGUUUGUCAAUUUUCUCAUGAGAGAACAUUUAUUAGAACACAAAGAAACAGAGUACUAGGACCAGGUCUCCUGAGUUCUGAAACUAAGCAUUUGGAGGAAGGACUAACGCCUGAGGAAAGCAAGUAGAAAAUAAUUUCAGUAAAUCACCUCCUUGGUCCCCAGAAGGCUGAGAUGAGUCCUUUGGUCAUCUCCUGCUUCCCUGCCACUUCUCUAAGACUAAAGAUGGUAAGGUAUUUAAGGCAAGAGCUCUUAUAUGGAAGCCAGUCUCUUUGCGACUGCUCUGCCUCCCACUUCCUUUUUUUAUUUUUUUAACCAAAAAAAAUCUUUUUUUAAAAAAAUGAAUUCCAACCCCUGCUAGCUUCCUCCCCACGCCCCAUCCUGUGCCAGCCAAUGCUGUUUAUGUGAUGGAGUCUGUGUUUCUCAAAUGCAUGGUGUUCCUCAGGUGGAGGGUGGCAGAAGUUUUUGCAACUCUUUUUUUUUUUUUUUAAGUUAUUGGGAGCAAAACCCCAAACCAGGAUGUGUGUGUGUCUGUGUGUUGUGUUUUUUUCUUAUUUGACCCUCUCCUCUUCCAACCUACCUGCUUUUAUAUCUAAUGUAGGAAAGCAAAACUGAAUCUGGAAAGCAAACCAUUGUAUAUAGUUGCGGUAACAAUCAUGAAGAGAGCUGGGCUGUCCCCUCUGUAAUUCAUCUUAAAUAACAAAUUGGUUAAGAAUUCAAUUUAUGCCAGGGCCAGCUGAAGAGGCCUUCCCUAUUACCAGAGGGCCCCCUCAUCUGGGCCCUUUGUCUAUCAGGCAUGUCUCCUCCCAGCAAGAAUCAUCUGUUUGAUACCAUUGCGUUUCAAUAAAGUUAUCUCCUGUAUUGUC